CGUAGAUCACGGGAAUCUCCAAAAUGACAGAAACGAAAACAAGAAUUUCAUAGUUGUCAGCAUUUUUCAACCAAAACAUGUUGAAAGAUGUCAUCUACAAACAGAAAACUGGACAUGAGGCAUGGCUUUAUGAAAAGUAUUAUAAGGAACCAACUUGAUCGAGACAACUAUGACAAAGAAGUACGAGAAAAGGUUUCAGUCCAAGACAGAGGUAAACACACUGACAGGAACAAAAAGACAAAACCAGAUGCCCGCGCAUAUGUCCCACCUUUUUCAAGAAGGAGAAGAGGAAGACAGGAAAAACAGGACACUUUUUAUAUGGAUGAUCGAGAAGAUAGGGAAGAAUUAUUCAUGCUGGAAUAUGAAGACAGGGAUGGACAUAUACACAAAAGAAAAAUAUAUUCGACUGAUAGCCCUGACGAUGUAGCUCGCAAAUUAGGACAAGAGAGGCACUUGUCAGCCCCAUACAUAGACGCACUUGCUCAACGUCUGUCAGAGGAAAUGGAGAAACGUCAUGGUUCAGGAAACAGCAGUGAAACGUAACCUUGACCUCUGGGAGUAUUGAACUAGUCAGACAUGAUCUCGUGGAAGAGUCGGGGAUGUGACAGAGGAUUGAGUGGAUGAAGGACCUGAAGCUAUUGCCAUGAUUACACCCAACAAUUGUGAUAUACAUACUGAAGUGACAUGGAGAUUCAGUUUCAUCGUUUUCUGUCUCAUUGACACAGAAUCUUUUCUGACAACAUUUUUCAGGUUUCAAACAUGUUCAAACAGUAUUUAUACAUGUGUCUGUAUGAAUAUCAUUGACAACUGAGUGUUUGGAUUUGAGGGUUUCAACGUUUGUCUGGUCCUCCAUUUUUGUUUUGACUGUUGCCAUGAAACAAAGAAUCUCUUUAAAUGAAUGGCAAAAUUGGAAUGAAAAAAGUAUUUUGAUGCAUUUGUUUGAUUGGACUUCAUAUAGAUGAAAUGAAAUAUCAUAGCAACCUUAGCUAAAUUGAAAUGUGCCGACCAACCAUCUGUCAAAAAGGGGAAUUUCAUAUUUGUUUUCAAAAAUAGACGGAGCGGUAGGGUGGCCUGGUGGUUACACCAUUCUCUUGUCACAACAAAGGCUUGGGUUCAAUUCCCCACAUGGGUACAAUGUGUGAAGCCCAUUUCUGGGAUCACCUAUAUGAUAUUGCUGGCAUAUUGUUAAAAGUGCAAUGACUAUACUCGCUAAUUCAUAUACAGACUGGGACCCAUUAAGAUCUGGCUUAGAAUCAUCAACCCAUGCUUGCCGUAAGAGGCGACUAUUCUUGUUGUGAGAGGCGACUAAUGGGAUCAGGUGGUCAGACUUUUUCCUCCCAAUUGCAUGGAUCGAUGCUCAUGAUGUCAAUCACUGGAUUGUCUGGUCCAGAUUGGAUUAUUGACAGACCGCCGUCAUAUAGCUGGAAUGCUGCUGAGUGUGGCAUUAAACAACAAACAAACAAAACCAAACACACAUAGACUGAAGACUGAUGGUGCUUCAAUGUGGCUUCCACUGCUGUGAAUCUCUCAGAUGCACACUGCCAAAUGUCACCUCAUUGAUAGUAAUAACCAGUUUGUAACUGACUAAAUAAAUGCUGAACCAUGACAAUCCAUUUUCAUUGAGGAUGUUUAUUGCAUGUAAAAUUACAUCAUUCAUGAAAAUAGCCUAAGAUUUUGAGUACAUUU